GGUGUCGCCGAAGGAGAGGGUGGGUAUCAUGUGGCAGGGUACAUGCUGCACUGCUUCAUCUCACAAGGCCGAGAGGUAUAUAUACCCCCUGUUGCCCCUUCAUCCAUCUUCUCCAUCCCACACACCCACUGCAAUACACACCUACUAUAAUUCAACCAUGAUCUCUCUCAUUGCCCUCCUCCCCCUCCUGGCCCUCAUCUCCGCCACCCCCCUCCCCCGCUCCGACAAAGACUUCUACCAAGGCGUCAAGCUCAAAAACGAAGUCGGCAACUUCGCCUGGUGCCUCACCCCCUACAACGAGCACUGGCACGACGGUACCAACCUCACUUCCAACUAUUGUUCUGAGGGCGAGCUUUGGGAUAUCCAUAGGGGGAGUGGGAGUAUACUUGUGCAUGGGACGGAGUGGGCUUUGGAUUCGGGUACUGCUAAGGAGGAUGGGGAUUGGUUCAAGAUCUGGAGUCUUACCCGGGUAUCGACGCACAGUCUUGGUACUACACCGACGACAACCACAUUGCCGUCUUGGGUGGUACACAGUGCAUCCAGGAGACCAUCAAUGGUCCCCGCUCUUUCGCGUGCAAUGACGACCCUUACCAAGUCUACACCAUUGUCUACCCCGGCGACGAGGAGAGCAAGGAGUGAAGAAGACCUCGACCUCUGUAGCGAUUGAGUGUUUCCGGAUUUCAAUGUCUUGUGAUACGUGUGAUUGAGUAUAUCGUUACAUGCAGAUAAUGGACGAUUAUGAAGCUUUGUGGUGUUGAUCUCAUUUCUGAAAAGGAAAGUAAGCAUCCCAGUUGGUGUGGAAGAGGUACGAGUUUGAGAGAGGUCCUUUGAGCCCCAAGAAGAGCGUCUUAUGAUUCCAAGUGUGACAAUUGAUACCUCGAU